UUCGAUUGGCGGUUUACAGUCCAGCUUCGACACAGUGUACGCCUGGCGCCUCCGAGAAUAGCAGUGCUCAGUAAGCGUAGCACCAGUUACAUGAGCUAGCAGUAAGAGUAAAGGGAAAAGUCACACACUUGCAAGAAAACUCUCAGAAGCCGGAAGAAGCGACACAUCACCGUUGUGCAUAUUUCAAGCUUUUACAUAGUUUAAAAGGUGAGAAAAGCCAGGAAAGCAUCUCAGCAUCUGGAUGACGCCAUUAUGGAUUUAGGUCGCUAUACAGACUUCUUGCUUGUUCUCGGAGUCUAUAUUUUGUGUUUGUUUAUGAGAGCAGAUGCUUCACAAGAUCCCAUAGUCACCACAUCGAAAGGUAAAGUGCGAGGUUUCCGCAAAAAUGUAGAUGGAAAGCAAGUGGAUGUAUAUUAUGGCAUUCCAUUCGCUAAGCCACCACUCGGAAACCUUCGCUUUAGGCAUCCACAACCCAAUGAUCCUUGGUCAGGGAUUUUUAAUGCAACUGUGAAACCGAAUUCCUGCAUGCAGGGAUUUGACAAAAUCUUCAAAAAUUUCUCUGGAGAAAAUGUUUGGCAUGCCAAUACACCUCGCUCAGAAGAUUGCUUAUAUUUAAACGUUUAUGUUCCCAAAGUGAAGAAACCAAUCAAGAACAAAGCGGUGUUUGUUUGGAUCUACGGAGGUGGCUUCUAUAGCGGUACAUCAACUUUAGAUAUAUAUGACCCAUCAUAUUUAGUUCUUUUAAAUGAUGUGAUUGUAGUUUCGAUACAAUAUCGUGUUAGUGUUUUAGGAUUUCUUGCAUUAGGCAUACCCGAAGCGCCUGGGAAUGCUGGAAUGUUUGAUCAGCUCAUGGGUUUAGACUGGAUACAACGUGAAAUAAGAAAUUUCGGUGGAAAUCCUAGAAACGUUACAUUAUUUGGCGAAAGCGCCGGUGCUGCAAGUGUCGCUUUUCAUUUAGUUUCUCCACUCAGUCGAUCAAAGUUUGACAGAGCUAUCUUACAAAGUGGAAGUUUAACAUGUCCGUGGGCAGUUAUAAGUAGAGAAGAGGCCUUCAGGCGAUCCAAGGUACUCGCUGAAAAAUUCAAAUGCUCUCCGGUGGAUACAGCUUGGGAUAUUUAUAAAUGUCUAAAAGCACAACCAGCCAAAGAUUUUCCAGACUAUGUAUGGUAUGUUGUUGAAGGUAUAUCUCAAUUCCCUUUCGUAUUAAUCGUUGAUGGAACAUUCCUUGUUGAGACUCCGGAAAUAUCAUUAGCCACACAAAAUUUUAAAAGAGUGCCUCUUUUAGUAGGAUCUAAUAAAAACGAAGGAACAUAUUUUCUUGCAUAUUUCCGUAAAGACAUUUUUGAUAUAGAGACCAACGCUCUAAUUAGCAAAGAAAUAUUUCGUAUACUUUCGGAUACGUUGAUUGAAUACUACCCUCAAUAUCCAACGAAACUUAACUCCUUCGGGCGAGAUGCAGUUUUAUACCAGUAUACAAAUUGGGAGAAUCCCGAUGACAAAAUAUCUAACAGAAAUAAACUUGACCAAUUAGUUACUGACUAUAAUUUCCUCUGCCAAGUGAAUCAAUUGGCAGAAGCAUACUCGAACGCGGGAGAAAAAGUUUAUUAUUAUUACUUCACUCAAAUUCCAUCGCAGUCUCCAUGGCCGAAAUGGGUUGGUGCAUAUCACGCAGCAGAAAUUGAAUAUAUCUUCGGAUCCCCCGUGGAUCGUAGCAAAAACUUUUUAGACAAUGAAGUCGAAUUGAGUAAGAAAAUGAUGCGUUUUUGGACUAAUUAUGCAAAGACUGGGGACCCUAACAAAAAUUGGGGUGAACAAAAUUUACAAGAAUGGCCAGUUCACACAGCUGCACAAAAAGAGUACCUAUAUUUGAAUGCUGAUAACGUGCAUAACUUAUUGACUGGUAAAGGCUUGAGAGCCAAGGAAUGUGCCUUCUGGAAAGAAUAUCUACCUCGACUAGUGGCAGCAACUUUGGACAUAAGUGAAGCUGAAAAACAAUGGAAAAUGCAGUUUGCUGAAUAUAGCCAGAAAUAUAUUGUUGACUGGAGGCAUCAAUUUGAAAACUUUGUGAAGAAUCAUGAAAAGCGCAUGGCAAACUGCAAAAACGACAGCUAAUUAUGGAAGUAGAAUAUAGAGUUGCUACAGGCGGAAUGAUUAGGGCGUAUUGAUUAUUAAACAAUAGAUGUUGUGGAAAUGAUGAGAUUGGUAUUAGAUAACCAAAAGUGAGGAGAAAUAUAAAAGAUGCUCCAAUAAGAUUUGGUGAAAACAACACGGUUGUAGAUUUUAUGUUAGAAAUAAUGGAGAUUAAUAGUUUACAUUAAAUCAAAAAAUACAACAUGCAUCUUGAUUAUUUUAGCUAUGCAUUGAAAUCUCACUAGUGACAACAUCUGUUGUAUAUUUUUAUAUCACAUAUUUCACUUAUAUCACAUAUUUCAUGUUAUGCCAUUCUUUCUAUUCAACUCAUCUAUUUAAUUCGAAGCCAGUCAACAAAUACAUCGUAUAUUUGUAUAUAGAGGGCAGCUUUUUUCCCCCCAAAUAUAUUCACAAGUUAGCUUUUGGGAUGGGAUCCAAAUAGCUAGAAAUUCUUGUGUUAUAGUUGAAGAUAAUAAUAAUAACCAUAAUAAUAUAAUAAUAAUAUAAUAAUAAUAAUAAUAAUAA